CAACUUUCCAUCAGCAAUUCACUUGAACUAUCAAGAGAACAAACUCCUCCUGAAAAACCAACAGAAACAUUACAAGACUAAAACAAUGAAGUCAACAGCCAUCCUGUGCCUUGCUGUCUUGUUCUGUGCAGCAAUUGAAGGCUCUCCAAUGCCUGGCAGGGGCCGUUGCCUUUGUCUUGGAGACGGUGUCAAUUUUAUUCAGCCAAGACUCAUUGAGAAGUUAGAUGUGAUUCCUGCAUCAACGACGUGUGGCAACUUGGAGAUUAUUGUUACACUGAAGGACAGUGAAGAGCUGAGAUGCCUGAACCCCAAAUCUAAGUUUGCACAGAAUUUCAUUAAGAAUGCAAAGAGAAGGACCCAGCAGUAGACUUUAACAUCAACGAAAAGAAACAACCUGAACGAUUUU